AUGUCGUCCGACACCAGCGCUCACAACAUCGACCACAGUCAUGACUCGGUUAGCUCAAACAAUGAGACUCCCGGCUUAGGCGCGGACGGAAACCAGGACAAACCGCGUUUGACGGAACAGGAAAAGAAGAACAACCACAUCGCGUCGGAGCAGAAGCGUCGUGCCGCGAUUCGAGAAGGAUUCGACCGGCUGACUGAGUUGGUGCCUGGCUUGGAGGGUCAGGGUCGUAGCGAGAGUGUGGUGUUGAAAAAGACGGUUGACUUUCUUCGCUUGAAGUUGCAAGAGCGGCGUGAGCUCAUCGCGGAGAUUGAGAGGACUGGUGGCCACGUUGAUGAGUCGCUUCGUACGCGUUGA